CUUUAUCUAACCAAAAUCAUUGUAUAAAUGUCUAACAUAUUAAUUUGUGCGCAUUGAGCUAUAAUAAUUAUGUCAUUUUAAUCAUAAUUGUAGAUUAUUUCUAGAUAAUUACUCUUCGAAAUUAAUUGUUUUUCUUUUCUUUUGGAUAAGUUUUAUUAAGGACACGAUAUAAUAAGAUUUCAAAUAAUUGAUAAAUUCGAAUAUUUAAAAUACUUAAUAGUUAAGAAAUUACAUUUAAUGCAUGACUCACAUUCUGUAAAAAUGAGUCAAGUUUAAAUACAAAGAUAUUUCUUAAUCUUCCAAAAGUUUCAUUUAUCAUAACUGGGCGAUAUGAAUGAAACGAUGGACGUUGGGACGCACACAUCACUACGGCGCGUCUUAAGUGGAGUGGUGAGUAAAAAUGGCGACGAUGUUCGGGCACGAAUGAGACGUCGGCGACAAUCAACAAUAUUGGCGAACGAUGAGAGAGAUGCGAAUUAUUAGGUGACAGUGGACGCAUGGCCAAUUGCUUCAAGAUGAUUGGCCGACGUUGCGCUCUUUUCGCCUUGAGCAUCCUCCUGAUCUUGGUCCUCAGCGUAAACAUCUACUUCAUCCGAAUGAUCGUCGAGAGUUCUUCGUCGCAUAAGAUAUACGCCAAAAAUGUACCGGAACCGAAAGCAAGGCAAGAUCCUUCCACGUCCUCGCGAUCCAAAGAAAAUAAAGAUUCGCAGCUGCAAUUAAGAUCAAUCGCAAAGGAUAUCAGCGAAAGAAUCAAAGAGGAGAUUCGCACAUUACCCUCCAAGUAUUUUAAACAGAAUACAAGCUAUACUCUCGUCCUAGAAAGAUUGCUGGCAGAGUUGACGAUAAUGCCAAAUGUUCGCGAAGAUAUCUGGAAUAUUCCCAAUAAUAAUUGGCCAGAUGCACAUCAAUUGAUUCCGCCAGCGGCACCGGAACUGGGGACCAUUCUAGAAGUUCUGCGGAGAUCUAAAGUAGUUCGUGCGGAUAAUGCUCCACUGGGUACACAGUUGAAACUUAUGCUGAAUCUCGAGAAUGACGUAAAAGCGUUAUUCAAGCCGCAAUGGUACUCUAGAGACGCUAUUAUACACGGACCAGUGUAUCAUGGCAAGGAUCGUCACAAUGCUGAAGUGGUAGCUUUUCAUUUAUCAUCCUUGCUGGCGUUAAGAAGAGUACCACUCGCCGUUAUUCGAAAACUUGACUUGAAAGAAGAGGUUGGCAACCGCGCGACGCCAGCAUUGUACACAACCAUGUAUCAAGAGGGUAACGAUACAUGCCUAUACGGAGUUUGUCAUUAUUGUUCUCCAGCCGACCCUAUCUGUGGAACGGGAGAUGUAUUGGAGGGUGCUCUCAUCUUUUGGCUUCCGCGAUAUUUAAAAUUAGUCAAGCAUCGUCAUCCUUGGCAACGGACUUAUAAAAGAAACAAACUUGCUGCGUGGGAAGUAGAUGAAGGCUAUUGUGAUAAAGUAAAAGACUCCAAGGCUUAUUCACCGCAAUCGUCGAGUAGACUCUUGGAUUUGAUCGAUACCGCGAUCUUCGAUUUCCUUAUGGACAAUGGUGAUCGGCAUCAUUAUGAACUCGCACAAAAUAAUUUCCAUAAUCCUGCGGUGCUACUGAUCGAUAAUGGAAAAAGCCUAGGCAAUCCUGAUGUGGAUCACCUCGACAUCCUGGCGCCUCUUUAUCAAUGUUGCAUGAUUCACAAAACUACGUGGGAUAGGUUGCGAUUGUUUAGUGGUGGAUCUCUAAGCAUCGCAUUAGAUAGACUUCUUGCACAUGAAGCUGUAAUGUCAGAUGUUUCUUCACUCAUCACAGAGGCACAUUUAAGUGCGAUGAAUAGAAGACUGCUUACCGUUUACGCUGUAAUAGAAAAUUGCCUGAAGAAAAAGAAGUAUAUUUCUAAUGUGAUUUUGGACCAUCGAUAGUCCAAGAACUAUUCUUAGAACAAGUAAAAAAUAUUUAGAUAUAAAAAAAUGUAAAUGUUCCUUGUAAAAAGUAGAUAGAAAUGAAAAUUACCUAAU